AUGGAGCUGUUGUGCUUUAGGCGCAGGUGGCUGCUGCUGCUUCGCCAGCAGCAGCAACGCUUGCUGCUGCUGCUGCUGCUGUUGCUGCUGCUCAUUGUCGCUGCGGCCGCCUCGACAACUUCUCAGCUGCGGACGGCAAAUGGGAAGGCUGCAGCUGCAGCUGCAACAGCAGCAGCAGCAGCGGCACCUCCGACGAUCCCCUUGAACAGAGAUGCUACUGCUGCUGCUGCUGCAGAGCCUGAAGCAGCAGAAUCAGCAGCAGCAGCAGCAGAGGGGGCACUGAAAGCUGCAGAAGCACCAGCAACACCAGCAGCACCAGCACCAGCAGCAGCAACAGAAGCAGCACCCGAAGCAGCACCAGAAGCAGCAGCAACAGCAGCAGAGUCUGUGCAACUGCGUAGCAGCAACGUCUUCAAGGAGCUGCAGGACUCAGAGGACAAUGUUGACAAUAGCAGCAGCAGCAACAACAACAACAGCAACAGCAGCAGCUACAGCGGCAGCGAGAGCAGCAGCAGCGACAGCGCGGAAGCAAUUAUUGGUUCUCCCUCUGAAGAAGUCGACUGUAUUGAGUCCAGGAAGCAGCAGCAGCAACAGCAGCAGCAGCAGCAGCAGGCAGAGCAGCAGCAGCAGCAGCAACAGCAGCAGCAGCUGGCGCGGCAACUGGAGGAACUGCAGCAGGGAGAAGAGCAGCUGCAGCAGCAGCAUGAUUUGCAAACGCAACAGCAAGAACAGCAGCAGCAGGCAGAGCAGCAGCAGCAACAGCAGCAGCAGCAGGCAGAGCAGCAGCAGCAGCAGCGGCAGCAGGCAGAGCAGCAGCAGCAGCAGCAGCAGCAGCGUGUGGCUGCUGAGAUAAUGGAGUUCAGUGGAGACACCCCAUGCCACCGCCUCACAGAUAAGGGGACCAACUGCGCAGCAGCAGCAGCAGCAGCAGCAGCAGCAACAACAACAGCAGCAGCAGCAACAGCAGCAGCAACAGGAGGGACAGCCUCUCGUCUGCGGGCUCAAGGAGGGGACCCGCACUGGUACCGCAAAGACACCCCUGAUGCAGCAGCAGCAGCAGCAGCAGCAGCAGCAGCUGCUGCUGCUGCUGCUGGGACGUCGCGGUCUUCUUCGUUUCUUGUCGAGCAGCAGCAGCCUUCCCCAGCAGCUCCAGCUGACAGCAGCAGCAGCAAUAGCAGCAGCAGCAAGAGCAGCAGCGGGGGGACGAGUAUAGAUGAGGAGGAGACAGUUGCAGACUUUGGGGUGUCUCCGCAGCUGAGCAGCAACUCAGGCGAAUGGGAUCUGUUAUGUCUUAACUGGAAUAUCGCAAACACUGCUUUUAGUUUGCUGCUGAUGUACACUUGCUCUUGGCCUCAGCAGCAGCAGGGGGUGUCUGCUGCUGCUUCCCCAGCAGCAACAGCAGCAGCAGCAGCAGCAGCUGCUGCUGCUGCAGCAACAGCAGCAGCAGCAGGAGGCCGCCUUCCCCUAAGCAACCGCAUCCUUCCUACAGAAAAAUUAGGUUUUCAAGAUGCUGGAUUAUCUUCUUGGGGUGUAUCUUCACGGGGGCCCCGGGGGGGCCCCUCAAAGGGGCCUUCAUGGGGGGCCCCUUUAGGGGGGGGCCCCCGUGGGGGGGGCCCCUGGGGGGCCCCCUGGGGGGCCUCCUUAGGUGGAGGGGGGGGGCCCUUUGGGGGCCCCUCUGGGGGCCCCUUUGGGGGCCCGUCGUCUGAGUAUAGAAGAAGAGCGUUUGUAUGUUUUGCUGGGCAGACAGCGCAGGCUGUCUCGGGUGUGCUGCAUGCGUUUGUGUGUACAUACACCUCAAGAAACGCGAAUAUGCUGCAGUGGGGUGGUGCUGCUCUGUCUAUGAUAGGCUCUUUUCUUCAUCCUGUCUUCUCUGUCUUUGCUAAUGCGGCUUCUGCUGCUUUAGAAGCUGUUAAUACUCUUGCGAGAUAA